AUGCAGCUCUCCACGGUAUUUGCUGACUUGGGACAAUGCUCGAAAUCAUUGAGUCUUUGGCGUGCGGCCCAGCUGUUGUUGUUGUUGCAGCUUGUUAUCAAAUCGGAAGCCCAAAAUGUGGACAGUAGUUUAUUUUACUCAGCUGGAGUUGUGGAAUUCCGUCCCACUUUAGUUGGAACAUCUUCUGAAAUAUUAGCCGACCAUUUAAAUGCCUAUAUCGACAUAAUAACAUCCCCGGAGGCAAAUGAUCUUGACAUAAUUGUCUUUCCUGAGGGUACUUUAAAUAACAACUUCCACUUAACUUAUGUACCAUCGCCCGGGCAAAACAUCAUACCAUGUUUACACAGUGGCAACGAGUCAUCAUCCUUGUAUGCUGACUUUUUCAUACAACUGUCGUGUACGGCCCAAAAAGUCCGCAAAUAUUUGGUUAUUAAUUUAACCGAAAAGCAAGAUUGCCUACCGCCGCAUUUGGAUCCCCGGCCUUGUGCCACAAAUGGCCUGAACAUAUUCAACACAAAUGUGGUCUUUGACCGUGAGGGUCGUGUAAUAUCACGCUAUCGCAAAGUCAAUGUUUAUGUAGAGAAUAAAAACACCACCCUGCAGCCGGAGUAUGCCAUAUUCGAUACAGAUUUUGGUGUACGCUUUGGCCAUUUUAUAUGCUUUGAUAUGUUGUUCUAUACCCCGGCCGAGGAGUUGGUACAGCGCUAUGGCCUAACAGAUUUUAUUUUCACCAGUCUCUUCUAUUCGGAGUUGCCGUUUCUAUCAGCCACUCAACUACAACAGGGCUGGGCAUGGGGUAACAAUGUUAAUUUAUUGGCAGCUGGUGCCAGUUUUCCAAGAACUGGUACAACGGGAACGGGAAUUUACUCGGGCCCCGAUAGAGAAGCGAUGUCGGUAAUGGUAACAUCAGGUGAUGGUGAGCGGAAAUUAUAUAAGGCCCGGGUGAGGAAAAUUGCAACUGGGGAUUUUAAAGAAGAAGAAAAAUUAGCUCAAUCAGAUACCCAUUUACCUCACAGAGAUGAGCAGCCAAUUCAAGUACCCUCAACCUCUGGCCAUUUGCCGGGUAUACGCCUUCUCAAAGAUCCCCAAAUAGAAAGUUUCCAGUCAAUACUACUGACAAAUGACACAAAGAUUUUUGAAAAAAUCUGCCAUGACGAUUUUUGCUGUGAAUUCUCAAUUUGGACACAACCACUGCAAGUGCCAAGUAAUAAAACUGCCUACAAAUAUCGCAUGGGUGUAUUUUCCGGUAGCCGCACCUAUGAAAAAGAUCAACGUAAUAAUAUUAAAGUUUGUGCCAUUUACACUUGUCGCAAUGAAGAUCCCGCCAGUUGUGGUGAGUUAUUGGAAUCAAAUGAAUUUUAUACGGAUUUGUAUAUGGACUAUAUAAUGGUUAAGGGUAAAUUCCCUAAGGCCCGUGAAUUGUUGAUAAUGCCCAGUACAUUGGAUGCGGAUUUAAAUCCCUUGGGGGGCCAGGAGGUGGGAUGGAAAAAUGAACCACAAAAAAAUCCGCCUACUCUCUCGGAACAGCAACAACAACCACAACAGCAACUAGCGAAACAAAGUACAAAAGCAUAA